GUAGAUUAAUUGCAAUUAAUUAGACGUAGGAUAUCGUCGGUACUAGUAGUUUUACCAAAAUGUCCCGGCUACUGUUAGUUUUAUUUUCCUAUAGUGUUUUGUGUGGAAUUCAAACUGUGUUGGGAAAUUAUGAUCUAACUAUUCUUCAUUACAAUGAUUUUCACGCAAGAUUCAUGGAAACAAGCCCAGCUGGCACUAUCUGUAACCCAAAUGCCGACCCCUGCAUCGGUGGUUUCGCCCGUUUAGCUACAUUGGUUCGCGAGCGUCAGGCUGCUGAAAGCAAUUCCCUUCUCCUUAAUGCUGGAGACAGCUUCCAGGGUACAAUCUGGUACAAUAUCGGACGAUGGAAUGUCACACAGGACUUUAUGAAUAUGUUGGAUCAUGAUGCUCACGUACUAGGAAAUCAUGAGUUUGACAACGGCAUUGAAGAAGUAGUACCAUACUUGGAACAUUUAGACUCCAAAGUGGUGACAGCCAAUAUUAUUGAUGACUUGGAACCUACAAUGCAUGGUUUAUAUGAAAAGAGUAUCAUUGUUACAAAAAAUAACAGAAGAAUCGGAAUCAUUGGUGUUAUAAUAGCCACUACUAACACAUUAGCUUCAACUGGUAAACUUAGAUUCACUGAUGAAGUCCAGGCCGUCAGAGAAGAAGCAGAGAAACUGAACGCCCAGGGUGUGGAUAUAAUUAUUGUUUUAUCCCAUUGCGGUCUAGAUAUUGACAGAGAAAUAGCCAUGCAUGCUGGUCCCCAUAUAGACAUCAUAGUUGGAGGACAUAGUCACACAUUGUUGUUCAAUGGAGACGCUCCUGAAAACAGUGGAUUCACUCCGUUGGGGCCUUACCCCGUGGUUGUUGAACAGGCAUCGAGAAAAGUUUUAAUAGUACAAGCUGCAGCGCAUACUCAAUAUUUGGGUGAAAUUAAACUUACAUUUGAUGAUAACGGACAUCUUCUAAGGUGGGCAGGAAACCCUCACUACAUAGGAAAUGAUGUUGUUCAAGCACCCGAUGUUUUGGAGAAGAUCGAUUACUAUUUACCACGGAUUCAGGAGGAAGCUUCGAAAGUGGUUGGCUCAUCCCUAGUUCACUUGUCAUCUGAUUGCGCAUGCUCCGAAUGUAAUCUUGGAAACCUAAUCUGUGACGCCUUUUUGCAUUCUGUGAUACCAAGAGCAGGUAACAACAGCUGGAACUAUGCUCACUUCUGUGUGAUUAACCAAGGGGGCAUCAGAAUGCAUAUUGACGAAGGAGAAAUAACAUUGGAGUCUUUGCUAUUAUCUACCCCAUUUGAAAACAGGGUAGAAGUUUUUGACUUAAAAGGCGAACAUAUUAUGGAAAUGUUGGAAUAUGCGGUGGCAAAUGAACCCUAUGCGGGCGCAAGAAUGCUGCAGGUGUCAGGAAUUCGCGCAGUUUUUGAUGGAGCCCGACCCUUAGGCAACCGUGUGGUUGACGUUACAAUCAGAUGUAUCGAAUGUGAUAUACCAAGAUAUGAACCUUUGUCUACCGACAAAUAUUACAAAGUCGCAUCCACUAAUUUCAUAGGCAACGGUGGAGGUGAUUACACUAUGGUAAGUAAUAACCGUAAAAAUGUAGAAGACAUUGGAAUGGACUAUGAAAUUAUAAAGAAAUAUUUAGAACAAUACGCGCCCGUAUACGCUGAGAGAGACGGCCGUAUGCAGAUCAGUAAUCCGUGCAUUGUAUAAGAAUAAAAUUAAAUGAUGUGCUGAUUUUUUAUACACCGAUACGUACAUAAAUAUAUUUUUUAUUAUUUAAUACAAGCAUGAUUGAUAUCUUA